UACCCUGACAUCCCGAGCAGCUGUCUGUCUGCGUGUCCGCUGUGGUACGUCCACCUGCCUCACCUACAACACACCACCAUGAGCGGGGAUCACGGACACGGAGGCUCGCAGGUGAAUUCCGGAGCCAAAGGAAGCGACUCUCACAAACACAAAGACAAACACAAAGACAAGGAGCACAGACACAAAGAUCACAAGAAAGACAAGGAGCGGGAGAAGAUCAAGCACAGCAACAGCGAACACAAGGAGCACGCCGAGAAGAAACACAGAGACAAGGAGAAGCUGAAGCACGGCGACGGCAGCGCAGACAAGCACAGGGAGAAGCAUAAAGAGAAAGACAAGGACAAAGAGAGGAGGAGAGAAGAGAAGAUCAAAUCGUCCCACGCAGACAAGCCUAAAAAGGAGAAAGAGAACGGAUAUGUGAGAAACACGAGCCCGGCUGUCAUUAAGAGCGAGCCCGAGGAAGACAACGGCUUCUACCCUUCCCCCGAAAACAACAAGUCCUUCAAACGAGAGUACGACGAUGAAGAAUUUGAAUACAAGCCCAAAAAAGUAAAGACAGAACACGACAAAAAGGCAAAGAAGAGGAAACAUGAGUACGAUGAGGAAGAUGAGGAGGAUGAGGACAUCAAGCCCAAAAAGAAGACAAAAGACAGAAAGGGAGCAGAUGGAAAGAAAACCAAAAAAGAGGAAGAGGAGAAGUGGAAAUGGUGGGAGGAGGAGAGAUACACCGACGGCUCCAAAUGGCGCUUCCUUGAACAUCAAGGUCCAGUGUUCGCCCCCCCGUACGAGCCCCUGCCCGGCAAAGUCAAGUUUUACUAUGAUGGUAAGCCUAUGAAACUUAGUGCUCCUGCUGAGGAGGUGGCUACAUUCUUCUCUAAGAUGCUGGAGCACGAGUACACAACUAAGGACAUCUUCAGGAAGAACUUCUUCAAGGACUGGAGGAAGGAAAUGACACCAGAGGAGAAGUCAAAGAUCACCGACCUGAACAAGUGCAACUUCAGUGAGAUGAGCGAGUACUUCAAGGCCCAAUCAGAAGCCCGGAAACAGAUGUCCAAAGAAGAGAAGCAGAAAAACAAAGAGGAGAACGAGAGGCUGCUCCAGGAGUACGGCUUCUGCGUCAUGGACAAACACAAGGAGAGGAUCGGCAACUUCCGCAUCGAGCCGCCGGGCCUCUUCCGGGGGCGAGGCGACCACCCGAAGAUGGGCAUGCUGAAGCGCCGCAUCCGGCCCCAAGACAUCAUCAUUAACUGUAGCAAGGACUCCAGGCAUCCCAAACCUCCUGCGGGGACAAAAUGGAAGGAGGUUCGCCAUGACAACAAGGUGACCUGGCUGGCUUCUUGGACGGAGAACAUCCAGGGCUCCAUCAAGUACAUCAUGUUGAAUCCCAGCUCCAGGAUCAAGGGGGAGAAGGACUGGCAGAAGUACGAGACGGCCCGGCGGUUGAAGAAGUGUGUGGAUCGCAUCCGGACACAAUACAGAGAUGACUGGAAAUCCAAAGAGAUGAGGAUCAGGCAGAGAGCUGUGGCGCUCUACUUCAUAGACAAACUGGCACUGAGGGCUGGAAAUGAAAAGGAGGAAGGGGAGACUGCGGACACCGUUGGCUGCUGCUCGCUGCGGGUGGAGCACAUCAAACUCUACCCCAAACUGGACGAGCAGGAGUACGUGGUGGAGUUUGACUUCUUGGGUAAAGACUCCAUCCGGUACUACAACAAGAUCCCUGUGGAGAAGAGGGUUUUUAAAAACCUUCAGUUGUUUCUGGAGAACAAGCAGCAGGAAGACGACCUCUUCGACAGACUGAAUACGUCUAUUCUGAAUAAACACCUGCAGGAGCUGAUGGAUGGACUGACUGCAAAGGUGUUUCGUACCUACAACGCCUCCAUCACCCUGCAACAGCAGCUCAAGGAACUUUCCUGCUCUGAUGACAGCAUCCCGGCCAAGAUCCUGUCCUACAAUCGAGCCAACCGGGCGGUGGCCAGUGCAAGAAGUCGAACGUUCCCAUCGAGAAGAUCUACAACAAAACCCAGAGGGAGAAGUUCGCUUGGGCCAUCGACAUGGCUGAAAAGGACUAUGAGUUUUAGAGACACUUCACAUUUUACCUUUUUAUACCCAAGCCUUUGAUUGUAAAGAUGGUUCGUAGUCUAGCGAUCCCAGUUGCUGUGGUCACUGCAGGGCUGUGAAUUUAGGAAAAUAACUUCAACUAUGUGACCAAGCUGGUGAAAGGUGUCGCUAUUAAACACAACAAAAAUCACAGUAGUGUGUAUGUAGCUGCGGGUACCUGCCGGGGAUCGAACGACGAUGAACACAUGAGUAUUACCGACUGAAAUUUGAAAGCCAUCAGAUUUAUUAAGACAUUCUAUAUUCUCAUAGAAUAAUGAAUGAAUUAAGAAAUGUUUGUAUGGAGGGGGGUUUGUGAGAGGCAACAUGAGAGACAUGAUAACGUGAUGAAUUUCAAUAUUUGUGAUGAACCCUAGCACUAUGCUCAUAUAAUUAUUAGCACACAGAAUGUCAUUGUUUUUGUUCAGUUUGAUUUUGCUAUUUAUUUCAGGGAUGUAUAUAUUUUUUUGCCAUUUUUUUCAGCUACUAAGGUUUGCAUUGUCAACAAAAAGCUCUUCAUUGCUCAUAUGCAACUUGAGAAUGCCUGUGUGUGUGUGUGUGUGUGUGUGUGUGUGUGUGUGUGUCCACAGUUUUACAGUGAGUGAGUGCAGCAUCAUGUUUUGUGUGUCCAAGCUAAAAGAGACAGAUGUUUUUUAAGAGGGAUGUGGAUUUUGCCAAAACAACAAAAAAAAGACGUUUAUCAUUGUAGUGUACUGUUGAAAGUGUCUUCUUCAAAUUGAUUUCCAAAUGUUAAUCGAUGGUAUAACUUUUGUCAUUUAUAUUUCCUGCUAUUUAAACACACAACUCUCUACGAUUGGUCGAAUGCUUUUAUUGUUUUGAGCUUUGUAGUCUUCAGAAUAAAACAUCAACCAAG